AUGCCCGUCUCGCUCCGGAGCACGUCCCCCGGGCCCUCAGCUGCCGUCAGCUCGGCGACAGAAGAGGAGCCUUGGAAGGCUAGAGCUGGCUGGCUGGCUGGCUGGCCGCUGGAGCCCUGGAGAUGCAUCGUACGAGACCGAUACCGCGAGCGCGUUCUCAACUUUCGUCUUGAUACCCUUCCGCAGCUUAAACACCGAUUCCAGUCUAGCAUUUACCGAUACAUCCUUGAACGUCAGCGCAAGCGAAACGAGAAGUCGAGACUCGUCGACGUCUUUGCGCGGCACAGUCGCCGGCUGCUCCUAGGUCCGCCCUCGGUCAGGCCGAAGCGGCAUGCGAGGGAUCGAGGAGGCACUAUAAGCAAGACGAUGCCCACCUUCUCAGACUACACGACGACCUACGGCGGAGGCGGGGGCGGAGGCGCAGGAGGCGCCAGUAAUGGCUAUGGAUAUGGCUCGGCAGAGGAUCCGCCCACCCCAGGCGAGAGAGGGUUUCGGCGGAAGUGGCUGGCUGCGAAGGCAGGGAGCAUGUACCGGGCCGCUGCGGUAGGAGUCAACGAGAUCAGGGAAGGCUAUGCGCAGACGCGGGCAAGGCCUUUGGAGCCGGGUGAGGGUAUGCCGAGGACCACGAUUCCGGGAUCGUUCCCUGACGUCGCCAUCACUGUUCAGGGAGACGACCAGAUGGUCAUCUUCCCAUCGUACGCAAAGCGGCAUGUCAAGCAAGAUUGGACGGCGGCAUAUCAGCAGCACGCCGAAGAAGAGCCUGGCAGCGCUAGGGACCAAGAGUUUUGGAGGAAAGAGUGGGAGCGUAAUGAAGACGAGAAAGCCAUCGUAGAUAUCGACGUGAGGGGAUGGGUGUACUCUCCUCAUAAAGGGCCAAUCACUCGGCGCAACCGCAUUCUCAUCGGCCUCGCACGCCAGCUCAGCGGCAUCCCAGCCCCCAGACAGGAUGCGCCUGCGCCCGAUAACCUCUCUGCGUUACAUCAAUCACACGAGGAACGGCGAGAGCAGGAAAAGAUUGCGAAAGAAGCAGCAGAAAUCGAGAAGAGAGGCCAAGAAGAACGGCGUGUGGCGUAUCAAGGUGGUUUUAGCGAAGCGCCAAAGGAAGGAUCCGACGACGAUGCGAAUAGCAUAUACCGAGCGAGAUCCAGGUCACGAAGCGGCACGCACACGCCGAUGACAGCUCCCGGGUCUCCCAAAUUGGCACCGACUAGGACAAACACUACGGGCAAUGAUUUGACAGAUGCCGAGCUGUCUGUUGCGAAUGCCAACCUCAUGGCUAGGAUAGCGCCGUUCAUGACUACACCUCUAGUCCAGCUGCCCAUCACUGUCUUCUUCUACAACGACGAGAAAUCGGCGUCACGGACUGUGCAGACUAACGACGCGGGCCACUUCAUCCUCCGCGCCGCUUUGGAAUUUGUCCCUACGCACAUCCGCGUCCUCGCUAACGAGGACUUGUCGGCGACCCAGGAAGUCAAGAUCAUCGAACCGAAGGGUGUCAGCUUGAUCAGUGACAUUGACGACACGAUUAAGCGCUCCAACAUUUCGGGUGGCGCAAAGGAGAUCUUCCGCAAUACCUUUGUCCGCGAGCUCAAGGACUUGACGGUGGAAGGUGUUCGGGAAUGGUACAACGAGUUACACUCAAUGGGGGUCAGCAUGCACUACUGUUCGAACAGCCCCUGGCAACUGUUCCCGGUGCUGGCCAGUUACUUCAUGAUAGCCGGCUUGCCGCCUGGAUCGCUUCAUCUGAAGCAAUACAGUGGCAUGCUUCAGGGCAUCUUUGAGCCAGUUGCGGAAAGGAAGAAGAGUACCCUUACCAGGCUCAUGCACGACUUCCCCGAACGCAGGUUUCUCCUAGUUGGUGACAGCGGAGAGGCAGAUCUGGAAGUCUACACAGAGCUUGUGGAAGCCCACCCAGGACGCAUCAUCGCCAUCUUUAUCCGCGAUGUCACAACGCCGGAGCAAGCCGGGUACUUUGAUACAUCUUUCGAGAGCAGCAGCGCACGUCAGAGGGGCUCAAUAUCAAAGGCCACGGACCACAGUGAUGCUCCAACAAAUCGUCCGGGGCUUCCUCCACGCGGCGAGGCAAAGACGGUUGGGCCUGUCAUGGGCGAUCUGAUCGACUUUUCCGACGAACCUGAAGAGACCACGCUGAACGACGCCGCUGCCCUGGCCCAGAUCCAGGCCAGACCGAAGCCGCAUUCAAGCACCACCGAUACCGCCAUUAGCCGAAAGCCCCCUCCACCACGACCUAACAAGCCUGCUGCGCUGCGCGGCGCUCCGUCUGAUACCAAUGUGCCCACAAUCAAGGUCAACAGCAUGGGUGCUACGCCUCCCCCGAUGCCGAGCGGUCGCAAGCCGUCUACGGACCGGAGCAAUCCUCAUCCUCUAUCGCAAAUGCACAAUUCAUCGCAGCAGACAAUCGGAAGUAACAGGAGCCUACCGAGCACGGCCAAGAUACCAGCCUCUACGUCACAAAACGACACGAGUAAGACGAGCAAAGUUGCACCGGCGCCUCCACCGCCUCGGCGUGUGGGGACCGCCUCCAGCUCCCGUAGUCUGAGCCCUCGGAGCCUCGACAGCCGGCGGAGACUAUCGGCUAACGGAGACGUCGACUUCGAAGCGCUGCCACCGCCCUCUGCGGGUUCCCGGCCACAGCAGGUUCAGCCGCCGCCAUUUGUGAGGGCGCAGACGGCCAGUCUUAGGUCCGGAUCCACAUCUCCGACGUACGGCAGUCCAAACCUGGGGCCGACGGCAGCAGCACCAAAUAGGAAGCACGAGCUGUGGAUGCGUCGGCUGCAGCGAGCCCAGGAGAUUUUGGAGUCGCACGGUGUGGCGCUGUAUACCUGGCGAAGGGGCGACGAUGUAGUGGCCGAAGCUGUGGGGAUGGUGAAAGAGGAGCUGAAGAGGGUUGGCCUCAACGGGGAGAAGGAUGCGAAGACGGAAGGGAAGAGGUUUGAGAGGCAGAUUCGGAGGGAGCAGUCACAGCAACAGCAGCAUCAGCAACAACGGCCUCAACAGCAGAGCGGGUAUCAGCAAGGGUCAUAUCAACAAAGGAGGUGA